AUGGACAAAAAUCCGGAGUACACAGAGUCCGGAUUAGACAAAUUUUACUGUAAUUUCAAAGAAAACAUUGCUUUGAAUAAACCUACACACCAAUCACAUAAGUAUAUCUAUAAGAAGUAUGGGACAGCACCAUUCGACUCCAGCAAUGCCGUAGACGGUCUGAAGACUGAUCUUUCAGCUUUUGGAGGUCAAUGUGUGAUAUCCGGAAAUGGAUACAACACCGCCACCUGGUGGGUAAACCUGACGUCAAUCCAAAGCAUUCAUGAUAUCCGGAUAUACUAUAGGACUGACAAUACACCAUGGGAUUCCUUGAAUGGUUUUGCUACAAGAUUUUUAGGAUUUUAUGUUUAUGUUUCUAACACAACGAACAAAGCGGAUGGUGAAUUAUGUUUUCAUGACACAAACUACAGUAGAGCCACGAUUCCAGCCGUCCUCGACAUACCGUGUCUCGUACAUGGGCAGUACGUCAUUUACUACAACGAGAGGCCUCAGAAUUCGUCAUAUUCCAGUCAAUAUUCGCCAGAUGCACACAAUGAACUAUGUGAAGUUGAGGUCAAUGGUUGCAAUAAAGCAGGGUAUUAUGGACCGACCUGUUCUAUCCCCUGUCGAAGGAAUUGUCAUUAUUGCCACAUAGAGACGGGGGCUUGUCAAGGAUGUAAACCCGGAUAUAAGGGACAUAACUGUGAAAUACAGUGUAAUGGAGGGUGGUAUGGUCAGGACUGCGCCCAUAAAUGUGGUGCCUGUUUUGGUGGUGACAGACAAUGCCACCACGUGAGUGGUACCUGUGUGGAGGGGUGCGCAGCUGGCUUUCAAGGGCAGCUUUGUAAAACGAAAUGUUUGCCGGGAACAUUUGAUAGAAACUGUAAAGGGAAUUGCUCUCAAAAUUGUCGAAUACCUGGACAAUGUUAUGCAAGAACGGGGGCGUGUAAAGGGGGAUGCCAGCCUGGAUGGGAGGGGCCACAAUGUGAAACGGUUUGCAAAAGGAAGUACGGUGAGAAGUGUUCCAAAGUGUGUAAAUUUUGUCGGAAUUCUGCCUGUGAUCCUGUGGAUGGAUUCUGUCUACAGGGAUGUACCGAGGGUUAUCAGGGACCUCUCUGCAACGAAGUAUGUAAUGCUGGAUUUUAUGGCAAUAAUUGUAAAAAAGAGUGCAGCCUCUUCUGCAAGACAUCACGUGACUACCAUCACGUGACCGGAAAUUGUAAAGACAGAUGUAUAGGAGGGUGGCGGAAUGCAGAGUGUUUGCAAAGUACGUAUCUUAUCCUAGCUAUAAAACGAUACUAA